AUGGACAUCAUUUUCGCUCACGACUUUCGACUAUUAUAUCUCCAACGUGGUGGCGACAAAAAAUCAUCAAACUUACUGGCAAAGGUGAUCAUGAUAUCAACAAUAAUACUACUACUGCUACUACUACUACUCGUGAUUGGCGAUCUUUAUCUCCCAAUAAUCCACCUUUACCACUUGUCUUGGAAAAUGAUCAUAGUAUUACGAAAUCCGAUUCUCUCCCUCUUAGUCAAACAACGGAACGGUCUCCGAAGUUUUAUCCAAGAAGUAGUACUAGUUAUCAUCGUUAUCGUCAACAUCAUCGACAUCAAGAACAAAUACCAACACAUCCUCAACAUGAUAAAGACAAAAAUAAUGAUAUUACUGUUGUACCUUCACCACCACUACCACCCAAUGAUACAUCACAUCCAUCAACUUCUUCAUCAUCUACAUCAUCGUCAUCUGGUACAUCUUCUUCUUCAUCUUCUUCUUCAACAUCAUCUACUAAUUCAUUUCAACCUCCACCAUCUUGGCCUAUUCAUCCAAAGACAGAAAGUCGCUGCUAAACGCAAAUUUAUUAAAAUGAUUCAAGCAGCUUAUCGAUUUCGACAAGAAAACAAACAAGAUAUGCCUUCUGAAAUGGAAAUCCUUUUUGAUUCUAAAGAUAACAUACAAAGGUUACGAUUAUGGAUUCACGACAAAAUUCAAUAUCAUACAUUCAAAGGUGAUGCCCAAUAUAUACCUCCAGAAUUAUCAAAUCGUAGGACAUAUCAUUGUGAUUUAGUGGAUGUAUGGGUGUUAGGUAUUUCUCUUUAUAGAAUGUUGGUGGGAAAAUAUCCAUUCCAUGCAAACAAUGAUCGUCGACUAUUCAACAAAAUGCAACAUGCCGAUUUUGGGAUUCCUUCACAUCUAUCAUCUGAUGCAAAAGACUUGCUACGUCGCAUGUUGGCUCCAGAUCAUUCAAGAGCAUCGUUAGAUUUGGUAAUGUUCCAUCCAUGGUUGAAACCUUAUACAGUAGUGAUUUCCAACAAUAAUGAUAAAUCUUCUUCCUCAUCUAUCAUUACUCCUUCUCGCGUUGUACCAUCUACCUCUUUACCAACUCCUUUGUGGCAUCCAUCCACUAGUACAUCUUAUCAUAUCAACACUAGUCGUAGAAAGAAAUCAUUGGUUUCCCAUCUUACCAAGGUCAUGGUUUUCAUCAUUGAAGGUCCUUAUCCACCUCCUCGACAACCAUACCGUGAUUUAUCUCCAACCAUUCGAUUUUGAACCUUGUUAUUUUUAUAUAGAAAUUCUUUAUCAUUCCAUUAGUAUAUCUUUUUUUUUUUUGAAUUAUUACCACUAUUACUUAUUCCCCCCCUUUUUUUUUUAUUGUACUUAUCCUUUACUUUUUGUUAUUACUAUUUAUAUACUAUAUAGUUUGUGUCUUACAGCUAACAUUGUAUAUUAUAUUUUUUUUUUUUUAGUUUCUCAUUCCAUUAUCAUAUAUUUUUAUUCAUUCUAUCCAUCCUUUUUUUUUAGACCUUCUCGUUACUUUAAUAAAAAAAAACAGGCUUUUUUU